AUGUCAGAACUCGCAUUCUGCAAAUCAUUCCUCAGCGCACUGGACGCGCGCCCGGCAAAGCUCUCAAGCGAUCACAUUGCAGAUGCACGACAAUAUCCCGCACAAGGCGCCUACACACUGCCCCGCCUCCCACACCCACCCCACCCGCAGCGUCCAAACCCCAAGCCCACAGCCAGCGACAAUGCCACCACACCAUCUUCGUCCACAAUAACCGUAACUCUCAAACCCAUGAAGCCCUCCACACCAACCAUCCCCCUCUCCUCAAUCGACCCCGCAAAAACCUCCGUCUACGACCUCAAGCAACAGUACGCAACACAAGCCUCAUUAUCAGCAACCAAGAUAAAGAUCCUCUACAAGAAGAAGCCAGUCACAGAUUCGAAGACGCUGGUAGAAGUAAUCGGUACCGAUGCAGGUAGCGAAGUUGAGUUUGGGGUCAUGGUCAUGGCUGGGGCUGCGCUUGGUGGUAGUGGGGCAGCGAGUCCGGCAAGUGGAAGUACACCGGUGACGAGUCCGCCUGCUGUUGCGCCGCCGACAGAGAGUGAGAAGGGGCUUGCUAGUGCGGGCGAGACGCAUGCGGGUACGGCGACUGGAACGGCGGGUGCCAUACCUGGGAGUGGGAAGGAGGUUGUUGCGACGGAGGAGUUCUGGGGUGAUCUGAAGAACUUCGUACUGCAGAGGACAAAGGAUGCGGAGGAGAGCGAGAGGUUGCUGGGUGUGUUCAGGGGAGCGUGGGAACAGAACAAAUAG